AUUUCUUCUACUUUAUUUGGUUAAGACAUGACACUAACGGCAAUGCCCACGAUGGCAGGAAACCCCAGUAUGCGAUUAGCCGGAGGAGGAGCGAAACGGACGGUGUUAAUCACGGGCGUAAGCCGAGGGUUAGGCAAAGCCCUAGCCCUAGAAUUGGCAAAGAGAGGCCACUUCAUCAUCGGCUGCGCUCGUUCUCAGGACAAGCUCAAUGCCCUUCAACCCGAGCUGGCAUCCGCCACCGCUCCUCCUUCAGAAAACAAACACCUCCUAUUGAAUGUCGAUGUGAGUCUAAAUAGCAGCGUUGAAGAGUUUGCACGUGCUGUUAUGGAGAAAAAGGGCGUUCCUGAUAUCAUUGUGAACAGUGCGGGAACUAUUAAUAGGAACAACAAGCUUUGGGAAGUGCCAGCUGAAGAGUUUGAUUCUGUCAUUGAUACUAAUCUAAAAGGAACUGCAAAUGUUCUGCGUCACUUUAUUCCCCUAAUGCUGGAGAAGAAGCAAGGAGUGAUUAUAAAUAUGUCUUCUGGAUGGGGAAGAUCUGGCGCGGCACAGGUGGCACCUUAUUGUGCUUCAAAAUGGGCAAUAGAGGGUUUGACAGGGUCAGUUGCGAAGGAGUUGCCCCCUGGAAUGGCAGCUGUUGCACUUAAUCCUGGUGUCAUCUACACGGACAUGCUUCAGUCGUGCUUUGGCAAUUCAGCAUCCCUCUACCAGACACCUGAGUCAUGGGCUCCCAAGGCAGCUAAUAUGAUACUAAAUCUGACCAUGGCCGAUAACGGGGCGUCUCUUUCUGUGUAAGUUUAUGCAGUUGAGUGACAUACUAGCUUUAGUAGGUAGCAGAGUGAUGGAAACCACCAGCAUUUGACUCCAUCGAGUAUGAUAUCAUUAUUCCCCCAGAGUUGUCUUAUGUUUUUGUGAGUUUAGGAGAUUUGAAAGAUUUGUAAUGUUUUGAGCAACUAAGAGGGGGUCAAAGGCAGUUUAGGCUUAUGUAAAUUUUUGUCUAUUUGUUUGAUCAAGUAGGUCAUUUUUUCCGAGCAAUGUUCUUGUUUUCAUUGCUAUUUGCUAAUGUAUCAGCUGGUCAUCCUCCUAAUCAUCCAUAACAUAACCAGAUUUGCCUGAUAGCUAGUACUUGGUUCGUGUAGUUAUUGCCACUGCUAUUAUAUAAUUCUGAGGUGCAUUCUUUCAUUCA